GGGCCUAAAGCACAGGACAUGAGUGUGUUGACAAAAUUGUUGCAGUGCUCAGCCUUAUCACUCUCUUCAUCAUUCUCUCCAUUUAAAUCACCAGUCUUUUUACUUUGGUUUCCUGAGCCUCCUAUAGCAUGCAUCAGCUGACUGAUCUGUCUUAGUAGGUUUAAAGGACAUCAGGACAUUUCAGUCAUGGCCAGGAAUCCUGGUUCCCAGAGUCGUGGCAGCCUGAGUCCUGAGGGGAUUCUGAGAGAGAUCCAGAUCAACUUGCUGGAGUGUAAAGUCUGUUUCGAGAAGUUCAGCACUCAGCAGAGGGAGCACAGACCACAGAAUCUUUCCUGUGGCCAUGUACUCUGUCUGGAAUGCAUCAGGGCUCUGUCCCACCCUCUCCUGAGAAAGUUGGAGUGCCCAUUCUGUCGACAGCUGUGCAGUGUUGACAGCACCUCCCACUGCCAGGCUCUUAGUGACCUGCAGGAGCUGCUAUUGUCCUGGAGUCCCACAUCCUCUGCUCCUCUUCACAGGCAAAAGGCAAGCCUUAGCCUGGCCCCAGGUCGGACAUCCACAGCUCUGCACCUCUGCACAGCUUUUGGCGGGUGGGGGACUCUUAUCAAUCCCACUGGGAUAGCUGUUUUGGGAUCUUCAGGGACAAUAGUUGUGGUGCAUGAUGGAGAAAAGAGGGUGGCAGUGUUCAAUCAACAGGGCAGGAAGCUGCACAGUUUUGGGCAAAGAGGACAAGCCAGUUGGGAGGUCUGUUACCCAGUGGAUGUGGCAGUGACUCGCUGUGGUCAUGUUGUGGUGACUGAUGCAGGAGAUAAAGCUGUGAAGGUUUUCACCUCCAGGGGACACCACGUGUUGACAGUCAGAGAUUCCCUCCAGAUGCCCUGGGGUGUGGAUACAGACAGCUGUGGGCACAUCCUGGUCUCAGACGUCCAGGCUGGCACGCUGUCCCAAGUAAAAAUGGACUACGCUCACGGUCGCGCUCUGGAGCAUCAAACAGCCAUUUCAGACCUGCAGCAUCCAAAAGCAGUGGCCUGCUGUCGGGUGACUUGGAACACUGCAGUGAUGGAGCAUUUACCUGAUGACAUACAUUCACCAGGGAGACACCAACACACAAGGCUGAGAGUGUUUACAGAAGACUUCCACCCCCUUUAUCAGACUGACAGUUUCAGCCUGACCCUGCAGUCCACAGUGAGGCUGAACAUGUCAGGCGUGGCCUUUGACAGAGAUGGAGAUGUGAUUGUGAUUGACUCCAAUCAGGGGACGGUUUGGAGUUUGGGGAAGCUCCAGAAUGGCCCAGCCCUGACCCCACUUGUGGGAGACCACCUCAUCCGCCCAGUUGGACUGGUGUCACUGAACAACACGCUUAUCAUUCUGGACAGUGGAGACCAUACAGUGAAGAUGUAUUCAGCUAAACAUUGAUGCUGGGCCCAUGAUAUACAUGUAGUUGAUCUAUGAACAGUAUUAGAGCAGCCUAUGUGAAAUUAGGCUUAUAUCAUGCAGGGAUGACCUGAUCUGGCAAUACUAAAUU